AUGGUUCUUUUGUCUUCGGCUGUUGCCCUUGCAACACUUGCUGGGCUUUCGACAGCACAAACUUUCCAACGUCUCGGUGGAUGUCCAACAUUGGGCUGUAUCUUCCCACCUGACCGCGCAGAGUUCUUGCCCGGUGUUGCUUUCGACGUUCGCAUCGAGGUACACGCUCCGCAAAACGGUUCAGAGGCCUUCAACGGCGGCCGGCCCGACACCAACUUUACCCUGGCUAUUGGCAAAGUUGGCCAAACGCCUGUGCCUGUUCAGCAAUUCUUCAACAUCAAGCAGAAUGCUACACUGGAGCGAUGGAGCUUUUCGUGGUUCGAGGAUCUCUUUGCCCAGCAAAACAAGUCCGCUUCGCUCGUCAAUGUUGCUGCGCGCGCCUACCGUUACGUCUCUAUUGCCGAGCCUGGUCAGUAUCAGGCUGUAUUGACCUACUACAACGGCACUAAGACUGUUGCCAAUUGGAGCGUCUUGCCAAAAAUGAAGCCAAAGAAGCGCGCAAAGAAUGUGAUUCUGUUUAUUGGUGAUGGUAUGACUACCAACAUGAUUACCGCUGCACGUCUCAUUGCCUUCAAGAGCAUCAACGGCAAGUACGAGCAGAGUGCUGAUGGCACCUAUGCUUCACCUAUGGCUAUGGACGGUUUCACUCACUUGGGACACCAAAUGACACACUCGCUCGACAGCUUCAUUACCGACUCUGCCAACUCAGCUACUGCAAUGUACACUGGACACAAGUCAACAGUCAAUGCACUUGGUGUGUACCGUGACUCUUCGCCAGAUUCCCUCGAUGACCCUAAGGUGGAGUCCAUUGCUGAGCUGUUCAAGCGAAAGCGCGGCGGCCAGGUCGGUAUUGUCUCAACGGCCUUUUUGGCUGAUGCAACGCCUGCGGCGCUGACUGCCCACACAAAGGACCGUGGAGACUACCAGUCUGUCAUUGAGUCCAUGUUGUAUGGUGCCAAUGUCAAUGGUUCCUGGUUCAACUACUCUUCCCCUGAUGUCAUCUUUGGUGGUGGUGCAGAGAACUUUAUGAUUGGUGGCUCUGUUAGCAAUGCAAGCUUCUACUCCCAGUUCCAGCGUGCUGGCUACAGCAUCCUGUACAACCAGACUUCGCUUGCGACUGCCAGCAAUACUUCCAAAACGCUCGGUGUCUUCUCAAAGAGCAACAUGGCCAAAUGGCUCGACAGGAAUGUCUACACGUCCAACCUGCGUGGCAUGAAUUCUAGCCCCAACAACAAGACUGGUGAUGCCCUCGACCAGCCCGGUCUUGCCAACAUGACUGCCAAGGCUAUUGACAUUUUGCACGCUCGUGAUGAAGCCAAUGGCAAGAAGGGAUUCUUUUUGAUGUCUGAGGCUGCCUCCAUUGACAAAGCCAUGCAUGCGCUUGACUAUGACCGUGCAUUGGGCGAGCUCCUUGAACUCGACAACAGCAUCACAGUGGCUAUUGCCAAGCUCAAGAAACUUGGCAUCUUGGAAGACACCCUCAUCAUCACAACUGCCGACCACGGUCACGGGUUUGAUGUGUGGGGCAGCGUGGACACCAAGUGGCUGAACGCACAGCCAAAUGAUGCAAAUGGACAACGAUUGAAGAGGCAGGCCAUUGGCACAUAUGAACAAUCGGGUUUGUCUCAAUACCUGUCUGCUGGCCCUGGCGCUGCUCCUGGGUUCCCUAGCCAAUGGGAUCCUCGUUACACAUUGGCACAGGGUGUUGUUGCUCACCCUGACGUGCGCGAAGAUUACAGUGUUACCAAGAAUGUCACGGGUGUCGGCCUUCGUACACCUGCUCGUGGCGCACCUGCCAAUGGAUCCGUUUCUGGCUUCGUUGCUGCCGAUAAGCCCAAUGGAAUCUUGAUCAACGGCACGCUUCCUAUCUCUCAACCACAGGGCGUUCACUCUUUGACAGAUGUGCCUGUGUUUGCUAGUGGACCUGGUUCUGAGCUCUUUGGUGGAGUUUACCAGAAUACUGCACUGUUCAAGCGUAUCGCUUGGUCUUUGGAGUUGGUGUAA